AUGGCGUCCGAAGAAACUUCCCAAGCAGCCGCAAACGACACAAGAAUCCCAUUCCACUUUUGGGACGAUGUCCCCUAUACUCGCGGAAUUUGUCUAAACGUGACCCUACGCCUCGAGGAAGUUCUAGACACCAAAAAGCUCCACGAUUCUGUAGAGCGUCUCCUAGAAAUUGGAGACUGGAAGAAAUUAGGAGCUCGGCUCCGCCAAAAUGAACUCGGCAAACUAGAAUACCAUCUUCCAUCAAAAUUCACAAAAGACCGACCAGGCUUCAUCUUCACCACUGCCAACCAUGCAAACCCAAUUUCUUUGCAUCCCCUCGCCUCGCAAAUUCCAUCAACACAAGAAACAAACCAAAUCACCGUCCUUGGAUGCAUGUCAAGCUUCAAUUCAAUAACCAAGCAUGAAAAUGCUCCAAAUGGAAUCGAAGACUAUCUCUCCUCCGACAUCCCACAGCUCUUCAUACACGUUGUGACAUUCACAGACACAACGCUGAUUACAGUGACUUUUCUACAUACCGUCUUCGACGCAAUGGGUCUAUCAUACUUCUUCCAGGCUUGGACUGCAGUGCUAUCAGGUCGAGAAGAUCAAGUACCGCCCUUCUUGGGCUUCGAUGAAGAUAUUCUCGAGGCGAAAACGGACUACGUCCCCGCGGAAAAACAUGUUCUUGCAUCGAAGACGUUUACUAAAUUCCAGAUGGCUGUUUUUAUACUCUGCCGCUGGUGGGAAACAUAUUGGUACCCGGAUAUCCAGGAUAAAGUCAUCUCAAUCCCGAACAUCUUUGUUCAAAAAAUGCGAGAAACAGCGCUCCAAGAGCUCAAAACACAACCGUCACCACAAUCCUCCAAAGACAAAAAUAUCUUCAUCAGCGAAGGCGACAUCCUGCUCGCAUAUCUCUCCAAAACCCUAAUCAGCGCACUAAACCCAACCCCCUCAACACUAAUCCAAAUCUCCAACGUCUUCGACAUCCGCUCCAUCCUAAACAUCUCCCAAACAGGCGCAUACACCGGCAACGCAACAAUCCCCUCCUGCACAUCUCUCACAACACAAUCCCUCCAAAGCAAUCCUCUAAGUAAAACAGCCCUGGCUCUCCGCACAUCCCUAAACGAACAACGCAUCCCAACACAAGUCAAUGCAAUGUCCUCGCUACGCAAGAAAACUCUCCAGGAAACAGGGUAUCUACCCCUGGUAGGCGAUCCGCGUCAGAUUUCGAUUACUUGUACGAAUUGGCAUCGUGCACGGUUCUUUGAGUUGGAUUUCAAAGCGGCGAGGGUCGAUAAUGGUAAUGGGUUGGGAGGAGGGGAUGAACCUUGUAAACCGAGUUAUAUUAAUACGGCGGGGCCGUCCCCGUUGGGGCCGCAUGUUGCGCGGAAUUUGCUUACUGUUACGGGGAGGGAUGGGGUAGGGAAUUGGUGGGUGCAGAUUCUUGCGAGGGCGAUUGCGUGGGAGAGGAUUGAGGAGGUUAUUCGGGAGGUGGGCGGGGAUGUUUAG